AUGGGUGACAUUUCCGCCGAAGGCCAAGAGGUGGAUAUGCCGCCAGACAUACUGCUCAAACUGGACUUGGCCUUAGGGCAAGGUUCCCAGAUGUCAAAGCAGGUUUUGGAAGCGGCAGAUGGUUCGUCUGCCACAUCGUCGUCAGAUUCACUGAAUAUACUUUUGGAAAGACAAAGACAGCGGCAGCUCAAUCAUCCAUUGCAUCAGAGCCACAUCUCUACACCUUUACUGAGCUCCACACGACCCAAGGUAAAGGAAACCACUAAGAUAUCGUUGGAAUACGACCCUAUCUCCAAACGCAAAGUCCUGAAUACUUACGAAAUUAUAGGUGAACUGGGCCAUGGGCAGCACGGUAAAGUGAAGCUUGCAAGAGAUUUAGUCACCAAGCAACUGGUGGCCAUCAAAAUUGUCAAUCGUAACGGAAGCAAGAAAGACCGCUUUAGUUUCAAGACUAACAACGGUGGUGAUGACAAUAGAAUAAAGCGAGAAGUGGCUAUCAUGAAGAAAUGCCACCACAAGCAUGUGGUGAAACUGAUCGAAGUGCUGGACGAUUCAAGCUCUCGCAAAAUUUACUUGGUUCUAGAAUACUGUUCUGCUGGAGAGGUUAAAUGGUGCCCGGGCGAUCAAUUAGAAACUGAGGCUCAAGGUCCUCCGCUGCUUACUUUUCAAAGAGCUAGAGAAAUUUUUAGAGGUGUCAUUCUGGGUUUGGAAUAUUUGCAUUACCAGGGGAUCAUACACCGGGAUAUCAAGCCGGCCAAUCUCUUGAUUUCUGAAUCAGGAGUUGUGAAAAUAUCAGAUUUCGGUGUUUCGUUCGCUGCUAGCAAAGAUACAGAAGGUGGGGAGGUACUAGAUGAAUUGGAACUCGCAAAAACAGCAGGAACCCCUUCUUUUUUUGCCCCCGAAAUCUGCUUGGGACAUGAGGCAUUUGCAAGGUUCUGUUCAGACAAUGGAAGCUCUCAAAAGGGCUCCAUUAUCUCGAGUAAGAUCGAUAUUUGGGCCGUCGGAGUGACCCUGUAUUGCCUUUUGUUUGGCAUGUUACCAUUCCGCUCAGAAUUUGAGCUUGAAUUAUUUGAUAAGAUCAUAAACGAUCCGCUGACGCUCAAAUCUUAUGAUGAGAUGGCCCAACAAAAGGUUUCUGCCUUAUCUUGCGAGGAAGAGUAUGAGGCAGCUAAGGAUUUAUUGCAAAAGCUUUUAACCAAAAAUCCGUUUGAAAGGCUAGACAUAGCAAACAUAAAGCAAAACCCUUUUGUGUGCUGGGACUUUGAACACGACAUUGACAGCAGCACCGCUGCGCUUCUGAAGGCAGAGGAAAAAGCAGCUUUUCUACGAUCACAAGAAGAGGAAUAUCAGCAAAUUUCGAUCUCAUCUCAUGAAUUAGACAACGCAGUUUGCGGUAUUGGUAACAAGCUCAAGCGCUCUGUGCGCCACUCCUCGGGGACGUCAACGAAGGACGAAGAAGAGCUUUCUCGAGUACUUUCCAAACUUCACCAAAACACUAAUGAUAUUAACGAUAAUGACCACAUUAAUGACGGAAUGGACAGCUUAAGUCACUUCUCAGAUUUGAGCAUGGGGGCUAAUGAUAGCGCGCGGGCAAGCAAUGGAAAUCUCAUUCUGAGUGAAGGGCCACUAGUCGCGCAAGAAGACAGCACUGACGGCCCCGACGAGCUCAGUGCCAAAGAAAUCUUUCAACAGGAACUGGAGAGAUUCGACCAAAAAAGAGAUCCUAAUUCUAUUGUUUCACUACCCGUAAACUCAUCAUUUGCUUCUCUCGAUAGCUACUACAUGGAUACGUUUGCCGGGAAGCAUCCAGCAUCGGAAAGUAGAUCUCUUGCACAUCCUUCUUCCGUUGACAAGGCAGCGACUAUUUUUGCUCGCCCUCCGCAAGCUCUUUUGAAAUCCAAAAGUUCACAGGACCGCAAGGCAUCGUAUGGAUUCAACCACAGUGCCACUUCGAGAAAUGCCUUCGGCACGAGAUACCGCAAUCCAUUUGCUAGAGGCCCGAGGCCUGAAGGAGAUUCUCGAAAUCAGCCUCAGCAAGGUGCUGCCGGUAUCAACCGGCUAAUGCAUGGUAUUUCUUCAGACACCCCUAGAUCAAGAUACACGCCUUGGAGUGGAACAAAUGCAUAUCAUACGCAGAACUCGCAUCAAGAGCAAGAAAAUCCAAUAACAAAACAGUUGGACGGAACGGUCCAUCCCGAUCAAGAUGCGCGCACUAGUGACAAUCAUGAUUCGCGACAAUCGAGCAAUGGCAAUGAGAGGCGGGGGAACUUUUUUUCAAGUUUUGACGGAAGCGACGAAGAAGACAGCCAGUCCACUACUACCAGCGGGACGUCUGCUUCGCAAAAUGAUUAUCCAUCGGACGAGUACCGGUCGGAGACGGAGUCUUUACCCUAUGAGUUCCGCAUUGACUCUGAACACGGAAGUCAAGUAUCACUUCGGGAUCUACCAACAAACAAUUCAACAUUCACGAAUUUGGGACAUAGAACGGCAAGAAAUGAUGGAAUUACCGGUGAUGACGAUGAAGAGAAUGAGCUAACGUUGAACAUUGGCACGGCAGGGCACAGUCGUCGCCAAGGAUCUGUUUCUAGCUCGGCAAGCUCUCAAAGAUAUAGACGUUCUCGAAGGCCUUCCAUUAACCAGUCUUUCACCCCCGGCUCGCCAGGUCAAAAACCUACUUUUAGGACAAAAAUUUUUGACUCAGCUUCAACAAUAAAUCACGGAUCUGCUACCAGUGCCUCGACGCUGACCGCUGGAAACAAUGCAGGUCCUUACGAUACCGUUAUAAAUGUUAAUCCAGAAACUCCAGAGUUUGCCCCAGAUGCUGAAGGUUUCAUAUUAGGAGAUUCAUAUGACGGCAGUGUGAACAUUCCACCCGAUGUCUUGAAUAUGAUCCCUGAGUUAGUUGUUUCAGCAGACGAGAGUUUUUCAAGCGAAAGAAAUGCCAGCGAACUCGGCAGCAAUGCAUUGUGGAAAAGCACGCAUUCAAAAGGUUCGAGCCAAAAUUCUCUUUUAUUCGGUAACAAAACACCUUUGGCCUCCACGCAAGAGGUUAGUGUCAGUCCCGUUCUCAAUACUCAGCUGCAGCGCGAUCGGACCCGCGUUACAUCCAAAGAUCUACUUCAAAGUGUUUUGACCUCCGCUGGCUCUAGUAGGAGACCUUCUAUGUCACCAAUUGCACGCAACCUUCCCAAGCAAGAAACAACGGACAGGUCAUAUGUCAAUCAUUAUGAGGGAAAGCGCGAGACGAAGUACUCGUCGAAGACUCAAACUAGGAGGAGACCAGAAAAGAAUAGGGAUCUAGAAGGUCGCUACAGAUCAAAGUCUAUUAGUGUCGGACUUUUAGACGACCGCCGGCCAUCAGAUCACUAA